GGGUCUCUGGCAGCUUUCACUAGAAAGUGAGAAUGAUAGCUUACCAUAUGGUACCCAAAACUGGCGCUCCUAUUUUUCCAGUGGGCCAUGGGACAGCAGCAGGUUCCGGCCCGUAUGGUACUGCCAGUCACUGCCCGACUGUGUCCCUCGAAGGCAGCAGAUGCUGUCAUUUAUUCUCGUAGUUAUAGUCUGUUUUCUGCCGGUGGACUUGGAUUUUAGGCCGAAAGCAAGCGGCUGCUCUGACAUAUGGUGUUUGCACCUCAUGCAUAGCAUUGCUUUGGAAAAGUAUUCACCGGUAGUUCAACUCCUUUGCUGUGUGGUAGCUAGCUGGGGAACUGCUUGAGCACAGCCUGCAAACAUCAGGUUGUGUCCAGUAAGAAAGCGUCAAGGUAUUGGGGAGCCGAGUGUGUAUCAUGCUGUCAUUGUCAUUUUCCUGGAGUUCUUUGCCUGGGGUUUGCUCACAACACCCAUGCUAACGGUGUUGCAUCAGACCUUUCCACAACACACUUUUCUAAUGAACGGUCUAAUCCAUGGCGUUAAGGGUUUGUUAUCGUUCCUUAGUGCACCAUUGAUUGGUGCUCUCUCUGAUGUUUGGGGCAGGAAGUCUUUUCUCCUCUUAACUGUCUUCUUUACCUGUGCUCCCAUCCCACUUAUGAAGAUCAGCCCUUGGUGGUAUUUUGCAGUCAUCUCUAUGUCAGGAGUGUUUGCUGUUACCUUUUCUGUGAUCUUUGCAUAUGUUGCAGAUAUAACACAGGAGCAUGAACGCAGUACGGCCUAUGGAUUGGUUUCUGCUACAUUUGCUGCUAGCUUGGUCACUAGCCCUGCCAUCGGUGCAUACCUGUCUCGAGCUUAUGGUGACACACUUGUGGUAGUUCUGGCCACAGCUAUAGCACUGCUAGAUAUUGGCUUCAUUCUGGUGGCUGUUCCAGAGUCCCUUCCAGAAGAAAUGCGUCCUGCAUCUUGGGGAGCACCCAUCUCCUGGGAACAGGCAGAUCCAUUUGCGUCUCUUCGUAAAGUUGGCCAGGAUUCCACUGUUCUUCUGAUCUGUAUCACAGUAUUCCUCUCCUACUUACCGGAGGCCGGCCAGUAUUCCAGCUUCUUUCUGUACCUUAGACAGGUGAUUGGGUUUACAUCAGAAAGCGUUGCUGCAUUCAUCGCUGUGGUUGGAAUCCUCUCCAUACUGGCACAGACUGUGGUCCUGGGUAUUUUAAUGCGUUCCAUUGGUAACAAGAACACCAUUCUUUUGGGACUAGGUUUCCAGAUUCUGCAGCUGGCAUGGUAUGGUUUUGGAUCACAACCAUGGAUGAUGUGGGCUGCAGGAGCUGUGGCAGCUAUGUCAAGCAUCACCUUCCCAGCAAUUAGUGCCAUUGUUUCCAGGAAUGCAGAUCCUGAUCAACAAGGAGUGGUCCAAGGAAUGAUAACAGGAAUCAGAGGGCUGUGUAAUGGACUUGGGCCAGCCCUCUAUGGCUUUGUUUUCUAUCUCUUCCAUGUAGAGCUCAAUGAAAUGGCAGCCACAGAGAACAUAGACAAAAAUACUAAAGCAAAUAUGGCUAAUCCCACUGAUGAGAGUUCCAUUAUCCCGGGGCCACCAUUUCUGUUUGGAGCAUGUUCAGUUUUGCUGUCAAUUCUUGUUGCCUUGUUUAUCCCUGAGCACAGCAGCCUCUCUAUGAGACCUGGCAGUCAUAAGAAGCACAGUAAUGGGGCGCAGGGUCACAGUCACAGCCCACAAGCAGGAAGCUCAGAAGGAAAGGAACCAUUGCUGGAGGACAGCAGUGUAUGAUGGAAAGUUGUCCCUGCCCACUUUUCAUCUCUGAGCAUGGCUGAAAGACUGUAUCACUCAGAGCUGAAGGGGCAUGGGUGGAAAGACCCUUCCACUGGAAGCUAAACGGGAGCAAAGGACUUGCCCCUCAAUAUGGCAUUUGUGUUGCUGUAACCCAGCUAGAGUAAAAAGAUGCAUUGUACUACUCAGAGUAACAACUGGGGCAAGGUCCUGACUAGGAAGAAGUACUGUUUGUUUUUACAGUAAUUGGGCCGGUGUGUACCAGUUUUUCUCUUUCUGUGCAAGAGUUUUAGCUGUAAGCACAGGCUUGUAUAAGUUCAGAGGGAUGGAUGAGUAACUUUAAUGAUCAGUAAUGUAGAAAGAAUGUCUUCAAGAAAAGACUAAUACCACCAUAAAAUGAAGUCAUCUAACAUAUCUCUCAAACGUAACAUUUGAGAGACUUCAGCACACCAGGUACAGACUCUGUCACCUUGAGUGCUUUGCCUUUUCAGUCUGCCAUUUGAAGUAACCUCUGCACCAUCCUUGGAUGUAAAGUCACUUUAAGUAUGACUUUGUGCUAGGAACCACUGUGUAAGCCUUGGCCCAAUGUGAACCAAUUGCCAGACUUUUGUUAUUCUGAAAAGUAGCACUGAGAAAAGAGCCAGCAACCCCUGAAGCCAUUAUAUAUGGCAAUGCUAUAAAAUAAUGGCUACUCACUUUGUUUGCAUAUCAUUAGUAGUAUCCAGUUAAUGCAUAUGAAAAACAUUCCAGUACUUUGUUUUUGGAAAGAAAUAGUACUAAUUCUGAUUCUCGUUACUCUUCUAAUCAUGUUGCUUUCAUUUAAGCCAUAUUAAGCAUUGUUUUAUAAAGGAGAGUUUAUUUUACAUUUGGCAUGUAGUAUUUAAAAUAUCUGUGUUCAGCAACUGCUUGCAAAUUGGUGUAGUCAUGCCUCAUAGUGCUGGAACAUCCCUGUGAGGCAGACUGUUGAGAAGUGGAAAAUGUCACAGAAACCUUUGGGAACUUUAUUAGUUGUUUUAAUUUUUCAGUUUGCUGACUGAAAAUUUUAUACCCACAAUGAAUAUUUGCACGCUGUGCAAUUCACGGGCUGCUUCUGCCCCAAAAAACAUUCUUUGUAAUGUCAGGAAGUAAUGGCCAAGCUUGAAUGAAACAGAAGAGCCUAGUGUAUUCGUUACACCUCAGUUCUGAGAGGUCUGCCUAGUCGUUAUCCUUCACAACUUUGAUUCCACUCUUACUAUUGCUGGCUGCUGUCUAACUGAUGUACUCAGUCUUUCAUCUAAUUCUCAUUUACACUGGCUGUUGUCUAACACUGAUAUAAAUUGACUGGGGAACUGUUUUGUCCUUCUUCAGUCAAAAAAUGCCCUCAACUUUCUCUGCCUCUUUUAUAUGAGGGAGACAGGGAGAAGCUGGAUCUAGCAAUUAUUAAUUUGUGUUAAAGUACACAAGUCUGUAUGUAUCUACCUUUCUACCUCUGUGUGUGAACUGGUGUUGCUACGUGCACUGGAUGAUUUCUGUAUGACUGGCUUGUAAAUGUCCAGAACACUGCAGGGUGUAUAAAAAUAUUGAUGCAGUGCAAUGAAGAUUGUAUUAUAUAAAUACAUAAAAUAUAUAGAUAUAUAGAUAUAUAUUUGUAAAUGUAAGCAAACUGAUGUGUUUCUUCAUGGCUUCAGGCACGACUCCCAUUGAAGUGGUGAUGGUUAAUUUGGACAUGAUACUUGAGUGACACUGGGAUUCUUUAAUCAAGUGCCAAUCCAUAAUAAUAAAAAAAAAAAACAUCCGGAAUAAUUUUUAGUGAACCUCAAAGGUAAGAUAUUUUUUGCCAGGAGCAAGCCCCCUGCCCCACCUUUGUGGGGGCAUCCCCCAAACUUAAAUAUACCCACUCCGAGGUCUCAUAACAGUGGAGAAAAAGUAAACUUGACUGUCAAAGGAAGUUGUUUCGGUUUUGAUGGAUUUGACACUCUUUUGAAGAGCUGACAAGCCAUUGAAACAUUCGCAUGACACUGCAGGUUCUAAGUUGGCAGCUGGGAUUAUUAGAAUUGCACUUGUUUCAGGGUAUAAAAUAUUUAAAAUAGAGUCUACAGUUUCCACCCACAUGAAGAACCUGUGUUCUGAGGGGUGAAUUAUUUUGUAAUACCUCUGUGGAGUAAAUACUGUGUAUGCUCACCAGUUAAGUGCUGGUUGGUAUCUGUGCUGUUGUGUAAUAGGACCCAGUUUUGUACUGCAACUUUUUCUGAGGGCCACUGCAGUAAAUGAAGCAUUUAGAGUACAUCCUUCUUGUGCCAUGUGUCAUAGCUUUUCUUAAAUGUCUUGAGUUUCUUUCUACAAGGAGCACAUACUCUCUUUGGGCCUUGUUUGUUAUCCUUGCAUCUAGAUUAAAGGGGCAUGUUCAUCCCAGGAUCCCCAGUUUAAGUAGCUUACACAGUUCAGAUAUCUUUAUAACAUGCAUUGGUACGUUCCUACCUAAAGUACUCAUAUCUUCAAGGUAUAACUGAGAUCACUAAAUCUCACAUUAGGACCACCAUAGGAGCUGGAACCAAAUUACAUUGUUGAUGUACAUCAGAAGUAAUAGUAGUUCAGGUCUGUAGAUCUACAGCAUUGACAAGAGAAGUCUGAUAUCUAUCACUGAUAGAAAAAGAGCCCAUUAAAAGGACUAGAGAUGGGUUUUAUUUUGUAAGUGUGCAGGCAGGAACACUGUGUCAUCUUCAGAAUUUGCUGUUCUCAUCAUAGUCUCCAGUCCCUAAUGCUUGGGGUGAUUGUACUGUAGCAAGAGGUUAUCAUUCCACUCCUCAUCUGUGGACAGACAUGAGAUCAGUCAGAAAAGUGUUCCCCUAACAUUUGCUAUUAGCAACAGGAUCACUCGCUGGUGCAACGUGGUGUUCUACAAGUGAGCAUGUUGUGAGCUUUCAAGUCCCCAUGAUAUGUUCCUAGAGCAGAACUUGGACCAGAAGAUUAGGCUUCCCCCUCUCUCUCUCUGACCAAUUAGCCGCUCACAUGCAAAGUCUAAAAUGCUCCACACAGGCCCUGUUAAGCUUAUUGGUCAGUCUUGUGCCUUCCCAUCUUCACAUUGAGCUGUCAUACCUGGUUCAUCACACUGAAAAAUAGCUGAAUAAGUAUGAGCAAAACUUUGCAGCAUGUAAGGUCUGUACCAUUUCUAGACUUUGUGUCGGCUUAUGUUCUGUCACCACAUACUUCCUGGUUUUAAUUUUAGUCGACAUCAUGCUUAAUGUUAGUUAACUGUAAAGACUAUGGUGUUCUCAUCAUGUAUGGUAAAAAUAGAAGAGUUAAUUUAAGGCUGCUAGAAAGAGGAGGAGGCUUUCUCCCUCUAGCUCUGAAUUGUCAGGUGGUAUGAAUCUGAGGGCAGAGAUUAUUGUUGGAAACAGCGCCAAUGACUUUAUCUCCAGUGCUAGCUCCCCUCCGAAGUAUUCUAACACCUUUUGAGGAAAGAACUAAGAAGAGCUUUACAUUAUCUCUCACUGUUAGGAGUUUGUAGUUAGAGAAGAUAGCUUUGCUGCUUGGAAGUACCCAGACUGUGGUCCUCCAGAACUUAAGAAGCAAGGCAAUUUUUUAUAGACUGCCCACAGGAAAGUAUCUCGCCUUGUCUGGUAUUCCAAAGCAAACCCAUGUGUUACUUCUGCCCAGCUAGUUUCAGAAGCCUCAUCAUUUCACUACCAUCUUCAGCAGAUAGAAGAUGAAAAGCUGUGGUUUGGUUUCACUGAACUGUUUUUUCAUCUACCGCAUUGAGUCUGUGGGUUCUUAGUUAAUUGUUACAUAUGUCUCAUUUCCAGACUUCCAGAUUUCCUGACUUCAGAGAGACAUAGACAGUUGAAAAAAAAAACAUUGUAUUAUGGGUUUGCCAGAAUUCAUGUGACCCAUUGUACAUUUGAUGUUGCAGAUACAGUGUCAAGACUACAGCCACUGAUUUAUAACUCCACAGGAAAAUCAUGGCCAAAUACUUGUUAUACUUAAAGUUUCAACUGCUCACAGCUCAUCUGUUGCUAGUCCCCCUUGGUAAGAAGUGACUGGUAAUGCACAAGGAGCUCCUCUGACAUCAGUUGUUCUACUAGAAAAGGAUGCUGUAAGAGCAACUUGAGCAAGACCAGAAUGAUUCCUUAGUGAUAGUGGUAGCCUACACUUUGCAUUUGUUACAGUCACCUGGGGUCGUUAUCUACCAGGGGUUACCCUCCUUAUUUCUUGCCCUGUGUAUUUCCUUUAUAGCAGCAUUUCUAGACUUCAUCCAGAGCCAUGCCUUCUGCUGUUCACAUAGGGCCAAGGGUCUGUGGAAUCCUACCUAAUGGAUGGUAUCUUAGAGCUGGAUUUUGUUCCACAUUCUUUCACGCUUUCUAGGAGUUAUAGCAUCAGUUGUGUUUACUGUUGUCAGACUGGACUGCUGGCUCAGGGGCAGAAUAUCUUUUACAUCUCAUGUGAUACAGCUUCAUUUAACUACCUAGAAUAACAGAGCCAUCAUUGGGUGGGGGGUGAUAUAUCUUUUGCUUGUUGGGUGCAUGCAUUUCGCCACUGAAUUUCUGUUGGAGACCAGGGACUUCGCAGGAGACAUCCAGCAUCGAGAGGUGUUGUUGCUUGAGGAGCUGUGCCAUUUGUGUGAGCAAAUGAUGACGUCAAGAUGAGCAUAUUGUAUGCCCACCCCCUUUGGAGCUUGCCAAGAAAUGGACAUUAGGAAAGGAUAGGCAUAUUUUAAUAUCCUUGAUCUCCGUUGCACUAAUUGUGAUUUCUUUAGAGAUCAGCAGGACAGCCUAGGGGCAAACAGAUGUGUUAAAAAGACCUGUGUUUUAAAUUCUCAUGAUCCACCUCUGUAUGCAAAUUAUGACAUGAUCAAAUAGAAAAGCUUCUCCAUUUGGGCCAACAAAAACAACCUUAAUCUGUUAUUAUUUAAGCCUAAUAAGUCUGUCUCAAACAUCUUUAUGGUUUGGUUCUUUGAUAUACCAGCAUCAAGUUAUAUGGUCAGUCAUUUGGUGUAUGUUGAACUUAUGGAGAGCAGGACUCUUGCCAAUUGUAGGCUAAUGAAUCGGUUCCUACAAGGAAUCCCUCAUCUCCAUUCCCUGUGAAGAAUAAUUCAUCUCCAUUGUUAUACUUGAGCUUCUUCCCUUUGAAUCUGCUGGUUUAGCAUAUCUGACAUUAGUACCCUGAAAGACCGUAUUUCUUUUUGGCAUCUCCUCCCCCACAGAUUACUGACUUUCAGUUCUGUAUAUUUAGGGAGUCUUACUUUCUCUUCCUUAAGGACUGCAUUUUUGUAAGGAUGAAUUCUCAUUUCCACCUGAAGGUGGUUUCUGAGCUGUGGUGUAACCUGACCAUUCAUCUGCUUGUAAAAGAAGAUUACUAUAAUGCAUACAGUGGUCAUGCACAGUUAUUUAUUGUUCCAAAUGCACAGGGUGCAUGAGCAUAGUAAGAAGGACAAGCUGUUUUCCUCAUUUUUGGCAAGUAGGGUACUGUUGUCUGAUGUACAUUAGCCUGAUGGACUGUCAAAUGUAUCAUCUUUAGACAGCAAAUGAUAUCUAGACCCUUGAUUAAUGCAGUGAGACAAUGUUCCAUCAGAUGUAACUAUCCAUAGUGUGUAUUUUCAGCAAUAUUUCCAUGAUGGGAUGUUCAUGCUGUAGGCAUGCCCUUAUCAAGCAACCAUAGUUUGAAUCCAUACUCCAUGAAAAGAGUAUGCUUUGAGAGGGUUCCCUACCUGGGUGGUUUGGGACACCCCUUGAUUCUCAUCAUAAGUGUUAUACUCACUGCAGAGGGCCCCUUAAGUAAGCUAACAGGUUUGUCAGCACUCUCAGUAUCAGUCGAUCACUGAGAGGGGCCCAUUGCUAUAAGUUUGUUAUUCCCUACCUGUGGUCCCCUUGUCUAAGUUAAUCCAGCCAUAUAAAGUCAUAGUUGCAAGAUCUUCAGUAAGCGAACUCUGGUUUAUAAUUGUAAAUCCUGUGUUCUAUAUGUUGUUACUGGUAAAAUCCCCUGUUUAAGUGGAGUUAAGAUCCUGAGAUUCUGACAGGGAUUCCGGUGGUGCUCACAUGCCCCUUAAAUCUGUUUUGAGGAUGUUGUACAUAAAACAAGAGCACCUGUGUGCCAGGUUUGGGUCCUCAAGAGAUUAAGAGGAGCCAUGAGAAAGGACCCAGGAAGGAUGUAUUCAAGUGAUCGUUCCCCUGCAGAUGCCUACCAAAGCUCAUCUGUUACAGUGAGUAUUAGCUUACUGUUUAUUAUUUUAUGUGUGUCUGCUGCUACAGGGAUGUGAAAAAGUGGAGGGAAACAGGAAGUUCUCUUCCCAUCUCAUUUGCUAAAUUAUUGAAAUGCAAGUCAUCUAUAAAAGAUACAUUACACAAUCAGACAUUAUUCAUUGCCUAAAGAAUGUUGAGGCAUCAAAUUUAGACAUAUAAUCCCACUGAUAGCCAGAUACAGACUUUAGUGUGUGCUAUGUUUGUAUAAUGUUUGCUAAAGGGAUAGUCAUAGUGAUGCUCUUUGUAGUGUCCUGAGGAAGGAGUGCAGUUUUAUUUGCACCCAUUCACUGGCAUAAGGAAAGUAUGCUGUCAACCCAAUCUGUGUGUAAUACUGCAGAACAAUAGCGGAAUUCUGAAUAGACCUUACAGUACCAUGAAAGAAGUCGCACGUAUCAGCAUGAGAGAAAGGUGCAUUUUGGAUAGAGUCUAUACGUGAUGGGCAGUAUCUGCAUUCCAGGGUAUUGGAGAUGCAUUAUAAUGGUGGAGAAUAUUAUGGGCAACAUGUGCAUAUGUUUCUGCAUUGGAGAUUUAUCAUCAUUGUGAGUAGAUAGCUUUGUACAUUACCAUGGAAGAGCAAUGUAUCAUGUAUACACUGAGCUGUGCAAAGCCAGUUAUUGUACAGUGGAUUAUUAAUAUCAAUGCAUGUUGUCAUAAAAAGGCAGUGUAUUAUGGUUGCUGUCCCACAUCACCGUGUAGGAUUAUCAGUGAUUUCCUUGGGACUUCAGUGUUUCUUUGCAGCCUUUAACCCCAUAAAGACUAUUCAUAUAAUUGGAAAGCAUUUCCUGAUCAUUACUGUAUAGUGUUUGUGUGCUGAUAGUGUGUUUAUGCUGCUCCUUUCUUAGCAACAGUCUUAGCAAAUGCCUGCCCGCAUUACUGCAUAGCUCGAAUUUGAGAGGUUUGGAGAUGGUAAAGAUAUAAUGACUGUUUACUUCUGCUUUGUAAUGAUAAGUUCAGUCUAAUUUCUUACUUCUUAGCGAAUAGCUGGACAUUUUCUCCUGCAUUGUGUAAAAAUAAAUCUCAGAACUGGGGAGUUAAGUUGUAUGGCUUAUCAGAGGGGCUAUAUUAUCAUUCUUACAUUAUUCAUAGUAAAACCUCAGGGAGCAGCAGAUAAGCUCAUUUUUAUGCCUAUUAAUUCAAAAUGUUUGAAUGUUAAGCAGGGUAUGCAGGAAGAAUUCUGCAAGGAUAUAUUUAUUUGUCAGGGCUGCAGAAGUAUGUAUAGCCAGACAGAAUGUUCAGUAGGCUGUGUACGCAGCAUGCCUGAAUUAAAAUUGAUACAAGAAUACUGGACAAGUACUUGUUUUUCACAGAUGCAAAUCACAACCACUUUCUUUUAUCUCUCUCUUUUUUUUGAGUUUCUUUCAAGUCAGAUAACGGCUCAUAAAGUUCAUCUUUUCAAGAUCACUUCAGAAAUUAGCCCUGUCCUCCGAGUGUAUGAUUUAUGGUACACCGUAAGGAUAGGUUAAGAUUCUUCGCUCAUUCCGAAAAUUGAAAUGAUCAUAUUAGUUGCUGCUGUCAUUUGACUUAGAUGGUGCCACUUUAGCAGCAAGAGAUGAGAGGAUAUAUAUGGGUGGGGAAGAUGUGUGUAUGAUAGUAAAAGUUUAUUCAGGUUUAUAAAUUCAUUUAUGCUUUAGAAAAAUGUUUUUUUUUUUCAAGUCAUCUGCUGCAUAUGGUAUUAACUUUUGUUCAUAACCUGUGAUUGCAGUAUUGUGCAUCUCUCACUGUAUAUAUUUGUAUAUACUGAGUAAAAUAUGACUUCACUGUUGAGUAAUUAUUUAUUGAAUAAAAUAUACAUUUCCUGUUGCA